GCCGGGCUGCGGGGCGCUGCGACCACCGGAAGGGGCCUGGGAGUGGCGUCCAGCUCUCGCCCGGGUAGACACGGGCAGCUGGGCUGCAGCUCUCCCGCCCGACCCAGCCUUUAAGGCGACGGGACCACGCCUGCCGUCUAGUCGUGGCCGGCGCAUCCGUCCCUGACACUUUACCCCGACGUACAAGCCUCCAGGCCCAGCCUCGACCGCCCGUGUCCGAGAGCCUUGGACCGAGUACAUCCUGAUUAAAGCCGGAGGGUCCGAUCUCCCCCUUCCCUCCUUACACCCCGGCCUUCGACCCGCUGGCCGAUCCCGGAACCCCAGACUCGCAGCCUCGGUUUCCGGCCGGCACAAGCGCCCGGCGGUCCCAGCCCACGGAAGCGAAGUCGGACGGCUGAGACACGGCUGGACCCGAGAUGGUGCCGCCGGCGGGCGGAGCGGCGGCGGCCUCGGACCCGGGCUCGUCCACGGUGCUGCUGACUGUGCACGCCGCCGUGAGGCCGCUGGCCGCCGGACCGGACGCUGAGGCGCAGCUACGGAGGCUGCAGCUGAGCGCGGACCCCGAGCGGCCCGGGCGCUUCCGGCUGGAGCUACUGGGCGCGGGGCCCGGGGCGGUCGGUUUGGAGUGGCCUUUGGAGUCCGUCUCCUACACCGUCCGAGGCCCCAGCCAGCACGAGUUGCAGCCUCCACCGGGAGGGCCUGGGGCCCUAAGCCUGCGCUUCCUCAACCCCCAGGAAGCCCAGCGGUGGGCAGCCCUGGUUCGAGGUGCCACGGCGGAGGGACACAAUGGCAGUGACACCCUGCCUCCAGCCCUGGGCCCAGAGACGUGCCCUGUUUCCCCACCCAGUCCCCCUGAAGUGCACACACUCAGGGCCCCCAAGAUGGAUGGUCCAAGUUCUGGAGACUUGAUGGAGAAAGAAGAGCUGGCAGGGCGCCUGGCCCAGGCCAUUGAGGAUGGAGAUGAGAAGGGGGCAGCCCAAGCUGCAGCCCUCCUGGCCCAGCAUCAUGUGGCCCUCAGUGUCCAGCUCCAGGAGAGCUGCUUCCCUCCUGGCCCCAUUAGGCUACAGGUCACAGUGGAAGAUGCUUCGUCGUCUGCCCACGUCUCACUGCAGGUCCACCCCCACUGCACCAUCUCGGCCCUCCAGGAGCAGGUCUUCUCGGAGUUUGGCUUCCCACCAGCAGUGCAGCGCUGGGUCAUUGGCAAGUGCCUGUGUGUGCCCGAGCGCAGCCUCGCCUCCUACGGGGUCUGGCAGGACAGGGACCCUGCUUUCCUCUACUUGCUCUCAGCCCCGCGAGAAGCCCCAGGACGCAGCCGUCAGUGCCCCCAGAAGAUGGAUGGGGAACUAGGCCGUCUAUUCUCUCAGACAUUGGGGCUGCCCCAAGCUCCUCAGCCAGCCAGCUCCAGCCUCCCCAGCCCGCUUCAGCCCGGCUGGCCCUGCCCUUCCUGCACCUUCAUCAAUGCUCCGAGUCGGCCUGGCUGUGAGAUGUGUAGCACACAGAGACCCUGCGCUUGGGACCCCCUUCCUGCAGCCUCUACCCAGCAGUCACCAAUGGUCACAAGGAGAGAGGACGGCCCUUCCCUUCCAGGCCCGAGGUCCCUGGAUGCCCUUCUGAACCUCUCAGGGGACCUCCACUGACAGCUCCCUGGGGACAGAUCCAGAGAUGGGGGGAGGGGCCAUGAGCCAAAGUCAUUAAAGAUUCUUCUGAGCCA